AUGGUUCUAAUCAUCAUUAAGUCAUCGAGCUACCUUUUUUUUACUAAACACAUUCCAUUUUGGAAUGAACAGGCUUUGGGGGAUGAGCAAUGUUGCUUGACAAAUGUAGAUCCCUCAAGCAAUUUCAUUUGCAAAAAGAUCGACAGUUAUAUAGGCCAUGGUGUAUUUGCAUUAAAAAAAUUCAUACCUGGCGACUUUCUUCUCCAGUAUCCUGGAUGUUUAGUGACCGCGGAAAAGGGUGAUAAACUGGAAAAAUACUAUGAAAAGAAAGGAAAAGGAUGCUAUCUUUACUUUUUUAAUUACCAUGGAAAAAAAUUAUGUGUGGAUGCUACAAAAAACAAUCGGUUGGGCAAAUUUGUCAAUGACAGCCAGAAGUCCUACGCCAACAGCGUAAUGAAAGUAAAGAGUUUGUUCCCUGAAAAAAUACACAGAGAGUUAAAUACAACACUUAUAAAUAACAUUCUGAUGACAAAAGAUAUCCCUAUAUCAAGAAAAAGUUCUUAG